GGGCGCUGCCGCUUGUCCCCAUGGCUCCAGCCACCAUCAUUUCCAACAAAUCUAUUCUCUCUCACUUCAACCCCACCAAUUCCCUUAAUCACAGAUGCUUCAAAGAUUCUUCAUUUCCUCACACUUUUUCUGCUUCAGCAUCAAUCUUCUGCCCCAGAAUUGUUCUGAGGAGAGCUGUUUCUGGAACAAAAGGAUUCUGGGUACCGAGGACUGUAAAGAAGUUGAUUAAAUCUUCGGCCUGUAAAGAGAGCAAGAGUACUGACGAAGGACUUGGAGGACUUGAACAAGGAACUUUCCUUGAUGGGCCAUCCGAGUCGAUUCCUUCAGCGUUUGUGUUCCGUAGGGUGGAAUCGAUUAUCAACAGACUGAGCAAGUGGAUAACAGCUAUUAUAUUUAACGGGUAUAUUAUAUGGAGGCAUGAUGCAGAAACCUUUUGGUUUGCACUAGGAUGUGCUUUAAAUAUGGUGCUUUCCGUAGAGCUGAAACAAAUACUGAACCAGGAAAGGCCUUCGACCCUCAGAUCUGAUCCCGGGAUGCCCUCUUCCCAUGCCCAAACUUUCUAUUUCAUUGCCAUGUUCGCCGUUUUGUCAAGUAUCAAAUGGGCAGGGAUGAAUGAAUUCACCAUAACAAUCGGCGGACUCACAUUGGCAUUUGGUUCUUAUUUCUCAUACCUACGAGUGUCGCAGCAGUUUCACACGGUGAGUCAGGUGGUAGUGGGCGGAGGCAUUGGGAUGUUAUUCAGUGGCUCUUGGUUUUGGCUUUGGAAUGCUUUGGUGGCCCAUGUCAUCCAAUCUUCCUUCACUCUCAAACUCAUCCUUCUUUCUGCCUCUUCCUCUGUCUGCUUCGCUUACACUUUCUAUUUCAUUCACCUUUGGCUUCAACGACAAGGCUGAUCAACUUUAUGCAUCUUUCAUUUAAUUCAAUCUCAUCUCUCUUCCAUGUUGAACUAUUAUUAGCUUAUUCUUGUCACCCUUCACCUUCUAAACCAAUUCUUGUAAUGGUAAGAAUUAAUUUUCAACAAGAGAUCCCAUUCAAAAGCAUUGUGUUAUAUACAUA